UUAAUAAAUGUGUGAUAUUCUUUGUAUGUUCCAUGAAGGCCCAAUUUCAAAUCUUUAGAAGUUUUGCGGUUAUCCAUAAUCAUAUUUUAGUUCUUAUUAAUAAUUAAUCAAUUAUGAAUUAUUGUGGGCGUGAUCUGCUGACAUUUCAAGGGAAUGCAAAUACAAGCAGUACAAGACAAGUAGCUCAUGACAUCAUAGUCGACUAACUAACUAAUCCAUUUCUUUUAUUUUCUUAAAUACCCAUCCGUCGUACAAUGCUGAUUUGAGACCAUGUCAAAUUGUUGAAUUCUAAUUAUGUGAUCAAAUAUUUAAUUUUACAUGGGUUUUCGUCCAAUCUAAAGUAUGUCAAAGUAAUGCAAUCUGAUUACAGUUUACAAGUAUUUUCAUAUUCCGUCAGGGAGGCUCAUGGUUAUCUCAUGCAUUCCAACGUGAGUUCCUUUUUAGACUUUUGCAACAUUGCGUUCAAGUUAAUUAGAAUAUAAUUUUAUCUCAUGAUUUAAUCUAUUAUCUUUAUGUGAUGAUCAUUGGUGCCCAAUAAAAUUUUGAACCCCUCUUUUUUUUUUUUUUUUAAAAUUUAUAUCAUGCACUUGAGAGCACGAAGAAUGUCGCCACAACCAUAACGCCCCAAGGCAUAAAGCCGAUCUCUAGCGUGCACUUGUCGUGCACAUGACGGGGUGGUGAAGGAGCACAUGCAUGAUAUAAUCUUCAUUCUUAAUAUUAAGUAUCUCCCUAAAUUGGUAUUAAUCUUGAGGUAAUUUUUUUAUGGCAAGUAAAGCCUCCAUGUUUGGUUAAUAUUUUCAAUGGUUAUAAGUGGGAGAUCAUUUCUUUGUUUAGCAGUGUUCUAUAUUUUAAGCCCUCCCAGAUUUGUUCUCAUCCCUAUCAUUUGUUUUCUUAAUAUAGAAGAUUCAUAUUACCUUAGAUUUUUCCUAAAUUUUAGAUUAUGACCUUGUUAAAUAUGUAUCCUUUAUUCCUCUAUCCCCCUCUUUUGACCGAUCUGAUUCUCCUCUCAACGAGGACUAAAAAACCAAAAAAAAAAAAAAAAAAAAAAAAAAUCUGGGUGGUGGCUUGGGCUUGUUCAUUUCUCAGGCUCUACUCAAUUUGAUUCGAGCUACAAUUGGGGGUUAUUAUUUUGUGUUCUCAGUAUUGAUAUAUUGCAUCUCCCCAUUUGAAUUUACUACGUCAAUAUUCUUUAUAUUGACUUUUCCAAUUUAAUAUUAGAAUAAAAUAAAGAGAAAAAUAAAAUAUUGAGAAGCCUUUUGUUGUUGGAACUUUAUCCCAAACUUGCCAAGAACUCAAAGGUGGUCAAUCCUCCCAGAGAUGCAGGCUCAGAUGACGAGGCAUGAAGACAUCGAGGAGGAGCUCAAUGAGGUGAAGGCCCAAUUGAGCUUUAUGGAGAGGGAAAGAGACCGCGCUUUUAAUGAGGUUAGAGAAAUCAAGCAGCAGAUGAAUAAUGCUGAGUUAAACGACAUGAAGGAAGCCCUUCAAGAUUCGAACAGAGAGCUAGAGACGAAGGAAAAGACCAUUGAGUCGCUGAGAUCUGAGGUUGAGAAGCUGAAGCAACUGGAGAUAAUGUUGAAUGAAAAGGAAGCUUCACUGCAGACGGUGAAAGAAGAGAUAAGUGGUUUUAAAUCCUCUUUAGCAGAUACAGAGGACUCGUUAUCUGAUAGCAGAAAAAAGGUGGAAGAGUUGGAAGUUGAAGUGGGUAGAAGGAGAGAAGCCGAAGCAAAACUGUCCGAGUCAUUUGCUCAACAAACAAGUCAGAUUGAGCAGUCCUCUAUCUUGCUAGAGAAAUCAAAGCUUCAAAUCAAUUCACUUGAAGAGAAAAUGCAAGAGUUGGUGGAGGAAAGUGAAAGGAAAGAGAGAGAGGCAAAGGAAGAGAUAGAGAGGCUUAAGGAAGAGGUUAUGGUACACAAAGAAAAUGCUACUCGUAGUAAUGAGGGCAAUAAACCUGUGUCACUAGAAACUAGAGAUUUGUUGGAUGAGAUUGAUGUUUUGAAGAACGAGUUGAAGCAGGCUAUGGAAGCAGAAGACAAUAGCAAGAAGGCCAUGGAUGACCUCGCAGUAGCCUUAAAAGAAGUAGCCUCAGAAUCUAACCUGGCUAAGGAACAGCUCACGUCCACAGAACAGCAGCUUGAAGUAGUGAAAGAAGAAGCAGCCAAUUUGAAGAAGUUAGUUAAGAGUACCGAAGAGACAUAUGAAGGGCUCUUGAAGGAAUCAAAGAAAGAGAAUGAUCGGCUGAAAAACACGGUUGACAGGCUAAGAUUAGAGGCAGAGGAGUCUCUUGUGUCUUUCAAUGAAAGAGAAAUGCAAUUUGUCAAGUGUAUAAAGAAGACUGAGGAUGAGAAAACUAUUAUCCAAGAGGAAUGCAAUAACCUGGCAAAGUCGCUGAGGGAGGCUGAAGAUAUUAGCGAAAAAUCAAAGGAAGAGAAUAAGAAGUUAAGAGAUAUACUUAAGCAAGCUCUGAAUGAAGCUAAUGUGGCUAAAGAGGCCUCUAGUCUUGCUAGAGCUGAGAACUCUUAUCUUAAGGACUCCCUUACUGAAAAGGAUAAAGCCCUUGUUACUCUCGCUCAGGAAACUGAGCGCCUUCGUAUUAAUGAGGCCGAGGCAAAUGAUACUAUCAAGGAAAUGAAGCGAGUAAUCAAAUCAGGAUCUAAAAAGGAAAACAAAGAACAGAAGAAGGAGAGGGAUAGCAAAGAGCUGAAAAAGGUGCCAAAGAAAGAAAAUGUAGCAGAAAACACAGAAAAGGACCCGAAAGAAUACAGGAGAUUGAGUAAUACAUUCAGUUUUGAUCUCAAUCAACUUUGGCCUCACAUUCCUAGUAUGACUUGUAAGUCAGGGAAAGAUUUUGAAGAGGAUCCUGAGGAGGAUGAUGACCUUGGGGGUUCAAUAUUUGACCUUGUACAAUCCCCGGUGAAGGAUAUAUCCGCCUAUCACCGGAGAACUGCAUCAGCUUGCAGUAGUGAAGAUAAUCUUAAUUUUGAUAAUUUUGAUGAGGAUGCACAAUUUGAUGAUAUGGAGAUUGAUAGGACCUCCCAAGGGAAGAGGAAAGCGCUGUUAAGGAGGUUUGGUGACCUCUUGAGGAGGAAGAAUUCUCAUCCUCCAAAGGACUUACCUCACCCACCUAAAGAAGUAGCACACUCACCAAAGGAAGUACCGGCAUAAUAGCUUGAUCCUUUGUAUCGUUUGUAUCUCUGAUAAAUUCACAAAAUUGCAUGUAGUUUCAGUGUCUGUUUAUGCACGUUAGAUUUUACCCCGUUUCUCUGGUAGUGGUAGGAGAAAAAUGCACAUCCGGUAGUUUCAGAAGCAUAUUAAAUUCAAUACCCUGUAAUAUACUCCAUCAUGGAAAUACCUCUAUCUCAUAAUAAUUGGCUAGUUCAGGGUUCUUUUGUUUAUUCUUAUAUAUCUUCUACUUUAAAUCAA